AUGAUGAAUGAGUUUGAGAUGUCAGAUAUGGUUUUAUUACAUUACUUUCUUGGCCUUGAAGUCUAUCAAGCUGAAGAUGGAAUAUUUCUAUCACAAAGGAAAUAUGACAGGGAACUUCUCGUUAAAUUUGGUUUGCUUAAUUGCAAGCCUGCAGUUACACCUAUGAAUGUUGGUGAAAAAUUGCGGCUUAAUGAAGGAGCAGAGAUGGAUGAUGCUAGAAGUUUCAGAAGCCUAGUUGGAGCAAAAAGGGUUCUGCGUUAUAUCGCCGGAACUAUAGACAAUGGUAUUUGGUAUUCACAAGUUUCCAAUUUUAAAUUAUGCGGGUUCACUGAUAGUGACUAUGCUGGUUCGUUGGAUGAUAGACGGAGCAUUUCAAAUCAUGUUUUCACUUUAGGUUCAGGUGUGGUGACUUGGAGUUCAAAGAAACAAGCUACAACAACGCUGUGA